AUGUUCGCAAUUCGCUUGACCGUCCCGUGCGAGCAGCUCGGCCGCUCGCCGCCUAGCGCCGUCCCUCUCGCACGCGGGAACGAGGGAGCGACUAACACGCGUGUGUUUUCCAUUCAAGGUUGUUUUCUUCCUUAUACAGACUUCAGUCCGGACGACUGGGGCCCAGAGUUCCCCCUAAGCACGCCCUCCAGAUAUACGAUACCGAUGCCGACUCUGUACAGCACAGAAGGUUACAAGUACAAGAAGCCUAGCAUAAUCGAGCUGGUGCUGUACAACAUGGCGGCGCUGCUGGGCGGGGUGGCGGCCGGCUACGACGUGAGGGUGUCCAACGUCAGCCCCCUGCACCCCACGCUGCAGCCCCACAGGGCGGAGACGGAGCCCGAGCCGCCGGCGUGCCCCUUCGAGGGCUACGGCUUCGCGCACAACACGUACCACGGGCCCGCACGCCAUCUGCGCGCGCCGCUCAACGCCAUCACCGGAUCGCCCCUGUCGAUGGCGGCGGAGGAGGCGCGGCCGCUGCGCUUCACCGACUCGCCGGGCCACUACGCGCCGUCGGCCACCUCGGGCCUGGGCUCCGGCUGCUCGGCCUCGCCCUCGGCCACCUCGCGGCGCACGCCCCCCGCCGCGGACCACCUCGCCGACCUCUACCACAACUACCGCGAGCACUUCCAGCCGGCGCCCGCCCGCGACCGCCCCUACCACGGCCACGACGAGUGUUCCUUCGACUGCCUCGCCCACCGGCGCACGCCCUCCAACUCGUCGGCGGCGAACUCGCACGGCGACGACUUCUCGCCGCCGCCGCGCCCCUACAGGCCGGAGCGGUGCCGCCCCCCCAGGGGCGAGUAUCCGCGCAAGUCGACCGACUACUCGCUGCCCAGGGACUACUACAGGCACGAGUCGCUCGAGAGGGUGGAGCCGGAGCGGCCCGCGAACCUCGGGCUGGAGCUGGCGCCCACGCGGCUGCGCUCCAGCCUGAAGAAGGGCAGCGGCAAGAAGAGCAGCGCGUCCGGCGGCAGCUCCGGCGGCGGCACGCCCACCAACCCCACGCCGCCCGACAGCUGGACCAGCGAGACGGACAGCUCGUACGUGUCGGCGCGCGACGCCUCCAGCGGCUCCCAGUCCAGGGUGCGCUUCAGCCCCGAGACCAUGGAGGGCCCCUCCAGGCUCUCG